AUGUCUAAUAAAGGCACCGUUAUUCCACCUUCGAAAAUUGACCCCCACGAAGAUGCGGCCGCCCUGGAAAAAGCCAUGAAGGGAGUCGAGAUUGCUGCAACUUACAAAUCAAUCUAUGGAAAGGACCUCAAGGAUCGUUUGGACAGCGAGUUGAAAGGACAUUUCAAACGUGCCGUUCUCUACUCCUUCUACGACAUGGCUCACGUAAAUGCCAGGGCCUGCUACAAGGCCGUAAAGGGCGCGGGCACCGAUGAACAAGUCCUCAUUGACGUCAUCUGCACAUCCACGAAUGAGGAAAUAGAAGCCCUGAAAAAGGCUUACAGUGAUACUCAUCGGAAGAACUUGGAAUCUGAUGUCAAACAUGAUACUGCCGGUAACUUCGAGAAGGUUUUGGUUGCCCUCCUCCAGGGUAAAAGAGGAAAAGAUGUGGACGAUGCUCAACUUCGCGAAGACUGUGAGGCGCUCUACAAGGGCGGUGAAGCGGUUUCGGGUACGGAUGAAACCACCUUUACGCGGAUUCUUGUCACACGCAGCUGGAACGACAUUGUUAAGCUCAACGAGCUGUAUAAAGCGAAAUACGGUCACGAUCUCCUUACGGCCAUUGGCAACGAAACAUCCCUUUUCUAUAAAGUUGCUCUUCAGACAAUUGUAAGGACGGCUCUCGACAAGUAUAAGACCUAUGCUGAGAUUCUCUACAGGUCAAUGAAAGGCCUUGGCACUCAUGAUGACAGCCUUAUUCGAUUGAUCAUGGCCCACUCUGAGGUUGAUUUGGCCGUCAUAAGGCAUACGUUCGACACCACAAACGAUAUAAGUCUGUAUCAAAUGAUCCAAGGAGACACAACUGGUGAUUACCGCAAUUACCUCCUUGCGAUCCUUGAACAAGAAGAAGUGGAGACUUACUGA